AUGUUCCAUAUCAGUCACACGAUCGAAAAGUUGCCCGUGCAUUUGGAAGGAGAGGCUUGUGAAAUUUACAGGGAAGGGGACGAGGUGGCCGUAGUCGAAAGGGGCGAGCGUUCUAAGCUCGUCGCUUGGUUCGAAUUGAACGCGGCGGAGGAGGCGACGGGUCGGCGACGGUUCUACGUCGACAUCGUCGAAACGCACUCUUGGCGGCAAGGUCGUUGGGUCGCCAAGUCGCGACCCACCAGUUCUAUAGGUCGUAUGAGUCCGGUUUAUCCGAGUCCGGGGAAUAUGGAGCGCUACUAUCUACGAAUGAUUUUGGGCAACGUGACAGGUUUGAUUUCGUUCCUGGACGCGAAAACCGUAAACGGCGUUUUAUGUCCUUCGUAUCAGGCCGCUUGCGUAGCGUUAAAAUUGAUCCCGGACGACGACGAAGAGGCGGACAAGAUUUUAGAUUGGAUAGCGGAUCGUCUUCGUCAUCCGUUUUAUUUAAGGGAAGCGUUCGCUCUAAUUCUCUUGUACAAUCCGUCGAAGAAUCCCCGAACUUUAUUUAAGAGAUGGUGCAGGCGUAUGUCCGCGGACGUGCUUAGGAUUCAUAUCGAUUUAAUCAGAGAUAUCGACGAAGAGGGCGCGGGCGACUUAAACGAAAGGAUGCACGUGCUCCGUACGUGUCGGUAUACGGUCCUUUGGAGUUUCGUAGAUCGAUUUCUGGUCGAAUGCUCCACUUCGAUGGAAAAAAUUAAUCUUCCUCGGGAUUGGAUUUCCGAUUGGGUUUACGACAAGGAGGCGGAACAACUUUUGGACGAGGAAGAGGUUACGUUCGAGGAAUUCGCUUUCGUUCCGAGACCGAAUCAAAAUUUGCAUCUGAUCGAUCUCAACGAUCAACAGCUGGGAUUCGUUUACGAGGUUUUACAGUCUGUAUGCAAUCGUAACGGUAUCGUUUUCGUUUUGACCGGCGAAGGGGGCAUCGGCAAAACCGCGACCGUCAACGUUAUUUUGGAAGUGGCGGAACUUCGCGCGUUACCGUACGUAUCCGCGGCUUUUACGGGAAUCGCGGCCACGUUAAUCCGGAACGCGGCUACGAUUCAUUCUUCUUUCGGCAUUCCUAGAGAAAGAGGCGUAGACGAUACGCCGGUUUCUAAUUUGGUGGGCGAGUCGGAGGCGGCCGACGAUAUUCGAAAUGCGAGACUCGUCGUGUUAGACGAGGUGUUUAUGUUGGCGUCGUGGAUGUUGGAAAUGAUCGAUGCCGUGUGUCGGGAAUACGGUCAAUCGCGACGGCCGUUCGGUGGGAAAACCGUUAUUCUUAGCGGCGAUCCCAAGCAGUUGCUUCCCGUUGUCAAGUGUAGGCGAGCGGGAAUGACGUCCAUCGUUUCGCAUCCGGCAUGGAGUACUUUUCAACUGUGCACGUUAACGGAAAACAUGCGUGUUCAUCCGCAAGAGGUGGAAUGGUCGAAUUUCAUCAGGAGAGUAGGCGACGGGGAAAGAAUCGUUUCGGACAACGGACGCGAACCGAUUUCCGAUAACUGUCUGUUCGUUUCUUCCAAAUUAAUUGUCAAAUCGCGCGAACAACUCGUCGACUUUGUUUACGGGGACCUCUUCGAAUCGAUGCUCGCUCUUCCCGGGACGAACGAGCGAUUCUUGGAAUUAGUUGAGCGAUUGGCCCUCCGGUCGAUCCUUUGUCCCGUGAACAGCGAGGUCGAGGAGUUGAACAAAAUCAUCUCGAUCAUCGAUCAUCAGGAUCGGAGAGGGUCUUUUUGGCAACCAAUUCCUACGAUAGACAGAGUAACGAGGAUGGGGCCGACGAUCACGAAAUCGCCAAUCCCCUCGCGACGGGAGUCACCAAUCGGUUCGGUGGUAGUCCUUUUGGUAAAUCUUAACGUGCGGAGGGGUUUUUGUAACGGACAGAGAAUGAUCGUUUUGGAGAUGGGCGAUGACGUGAUAGUCGGCCGCAUCGUUUCCGGUCAAUUUCAGGGCCGUAAAUGUGUCAUUAUCAGAAAACAAUUCGUUUUAGAGGAAAAAGAAACGCCAUUGCUACCGGGCGGCGGCACAUUUUAUAGAAAACAAUUUCCGAUCAAGUUGGCGCACGCAAUUACUAUCAACAAAGCGCAAGGACAGACUCUUUCGCGAGUCGGUUUGUGUCUCAACGUCCCUUGUUUUGCUCACGGUCAAUUGUACGUCGCUUUGUCCAGAGACAUAGCCGAAGAAUAUAUUAAUUGCGUCGGGCUGGUCUUUAGAUCCAGGGAUGCGUCCGUCCAACAGAAUUUUAGAAAAGACGUCGGCACCCAGAAAGAGGUCUAUAGGUCCCCUGCGGGAAAAUUGGUCAUCGGCCAAGUAAUUAAAGUUCCCUUCGCGGAAAACGCGCAACAGAUCUCGGUGCUGCCGCACACGGAAUGUUAA